CUCGCACACACACGGACUCUUAAUAUCUCUCUCUCUUUCUUCCUCCCCCAAAUUAAGCUACGUCUCUGUUAGCGUUAGGGUUUCUCUCUGUGUGUGUGCGGCCGUUGGAGCAACGAUGACGGGGAAGGCGAAGCCGAAGAAGCACACGGCGAAGGAGAUCCAGGCGAAGAUCGACGCGGCGACGACGAAUCGCGGUGGCGGGAAGGCCGGAAUCGCAGACCGGACCGGGCAGGACAAAGGCGGGCACGCCAAGUACGAGUGCCCUCACUGCAAGAUAACGGCGCCGGACGUCAAGUCGAUGCAGAUUCACCACGACUCGAAGCACCCGAAGAUUCCCUUCGACGAGGAGAAGAUUGUGAAUCGCCACGCCAGCACCAGCCAGGCUCCAGCUGAAAAGCCCAAGCCCGGCGUCCGCGGCAGCCUCAAGAAGUGAAGAAGGAGCCUAAUAAGAAGAAGAACCAAGUAUUGAGUCUGGUUAUUUUCGAUGGAUAUAUGGAGAUGGGUUGUGUUGUUUUCAGUCCUUUCUUUGUGUUUGUGUUUGGGGUUAGAUUUGAUGAUGGGUAUGGGAAUAGUGCUGAUGGGUAUGGGUGGAGGUGUGGACUGAUGAUGAUGAUGUAUAUUUGUGUUCUUAUGCCUAUGAUAAUCAAGAUGAUGAUUAAUGUUUCAGCUCCUUUAA